GUUCUGGGGGUCCUACUGAGGAAUGUCCAAUCCAUCGGCUACGAUAUAUUUAGGGACUGGAAGCACACUUUCACUGUCUCUUCUCUGCGCUCGAAGCGCCAGGCAGCCCGCUUCUGACUCUCCGCCAAGAUGUCGACAGAUCGGACACCCAAGUAUCGACAAGAGAUCCAGCAGAUGAUGUUUGUCUCUGGAGAGACUGCCGAACCAUCUGUUGAGACGACUACACUUAUCGAGGAGAUCGUUCGCCAGCAGGUUGUUGAGAUUCUUGCUCGAAGUACCGCUUUAGCGACUCGCCGCGGUGUGCGAUCCAUCUCCACUGACGAUCUGAUCUUCUUGAUCCGUCAUGACAAGGCCAAAGUUUCUCGCCUGAAAACCUUUCUCUCAUGGAAGGAUGUGCGCAAAAACGUCAAGGAUUCAGAUGACAAGGGAGGCGCCGACGCCGCCGACUUCGCAGCCGCCGACGAUCCUAUCGCCGGAGGCGUCGUGGCUGGUCCCCAGGAUGUUGCGUCGAAGCCCAAGAACAAGCGUGCCCGUGUAGGUCUCGCCUGGGAUGUGAACAGCUUCUACUCUGUGCAGGUCCCCGAGCGCGAGGACGAAGAAGAUGAGGAGGAGGAAGAGCAGAACUAUGCCACUCUGCAGCGUCUUGCCGCGGCCGACGAGCGCACCAAGCACAUGACUAAAGAAGAGUAUGUGUUCUGGUCGGAAUGCCGUCAGGCGUCCUUCACUUACCGCAAGAGCAAGCGUUUCCGAGAGUGGGCUGGAUUUGGAAUCGUGACCGAGUCCAAGCCAAAUGAUGAUAUCGUCGACAUCCUGGGGUUUUUGACUUUCGAGAUCGUGCAGACGCUGACCGAAGAAGCCCUCAAGGUGAAGGAGCGGGAGGAUCGAGAGAAGAAUCGUCGUGGCGGCGCAGACAAUGGUGAGGACUCCAAGAAACGCAAGCGCGAGACCGGCCUUUUCGACCCGCCUGAGGAGGGCCGCACUCCUGUCGAGCCCAAACAUAUUCGCGAGGCCUAUCGCAAGUUGCAAGCGACGCCCAACAAGAACAUUGCUAUGCUGCUACACAACGGCCGCGUGCCAGCCCGGAUGCCUUUACGAUUGAUUUAAUGGGGUAUUUUGUUACCUUGGCGUUGUUCCAUUGGCGUCUAUUGGAGUCUAAGCUAGUGAUACCCUCAGCACACACUUGCGAGCUGAAAACUGGAAUCUCUCGCUACCAUAUGUUGCGAGUUACCGCGUUGUUAUAAGUUGUCUGUUUUAUGCACCCGGCCUCUUUAGCUUACACUUCUGAAAUCCACUUCAGAGCACUUGUCUCAUUUGCAGAUUAAUACGAAUUUAAUACUAGUGACAUGCUAUCCAGCAGAUAUGUCAUCAGGGUCAUCAAAUCAUAGCAUUCUUCUCAAUUCACAGCUCGAG